CGGAGUGAGUUGUGCUUAAUGCCCGCGACUACCGACGCGACUCCUGAUCAUUCCACUAACAGUUCGCGGUCUGGCGCGAGAGAUGGGGAGAAAGUGGAUACGCUGCCUCUGCUCGCCUCGCCGCGGCGAGUGGAAGUCGCGAGGGUUCGUUCGAGGCCACAUCGGAGGCGCCCCAACAAGUCGCGGACACAUCUUCUGGAGUUUCGACCUAUUCCGCGCAGCACCAUGGCCAGCAGGCUGUGGGCUCGGGUCAGCGAGUGGAGUACGCGUCGCCUAUGGGCUACUCGCCGACGACAGUGAAUGGAUCUUCGGGGCUAGUAGGCAUGAGCGCGAAUGUCCUCGACUCUACAUCCAUCUUCAACACAACCCCAGUGUCCACGACGUUCCACACAGGCCCCCAGUCGUACCUCGACUACUCGCACGAGGUAUCAGCGUACUCAUAUCCGACCAGCGAGUACGCUGCCACGAGGGACCUGUAUGCUGCACCAGCCAUUGCAGACCAUGGGUCAGUCACGCAACGGGCCCCGCAGCAUGGACCUCAUAGCACGACGGCCACGUACGGUCCCCGUCCUGACUACAUGAACGAGAGCUCGCCGAGCAUCGAAGGGUUCAGCGGAUUCUCGCCCCACCCUCGCAGCACCUCCGCGACCUCUCUCACUCCAUCCCACGAUGGCCAAGCUUCCGAGCUACCAUCUGCGCAAACAACAAUCCGGAACCUAGAACUCUCACCAGAGCCUCUGCAAUGGAACGGAGCCUACGGCGACGGAAUCAUCCCGAUCGAGGAAUGGCUUGCGAUACUGAGGGCUGCUGCGUCCGGAAGUCCUGACGCACCCGACACAGAAAACGAGGGAAAACAGGACGACCUACAGGCCUCCACAGACUUCAACGCUGCGCCUGUGCAAGGGUUCACCGCAGCGGCUUCUACACUGCUCGGCGCCGAGCCGCAACCCGUCCCCGAGAGCACAGGGCAGCCAGCCGGCCUCCUCUGGACGGAUGCUCCUUCCGCCGAAUUGGUCGAAUGGCUGGACCUUCCUAGCGAUUUCGACUUCACUUUCGGCGCGUCACCCCAAGGGACCACCGACGACGAAUCGCUCCGCGCACCACGUCUCUCAGGGAGCGACGAGUUCAACCCUUGGUCGGUAGCGGCGCCUCCCCCAGCUCCAUCGAGGGCCGUCCUCCCACGACCUCUGGGAGCACAGAGGGACUGGUAGUCUGGAUCACAGCCAUCCGUCACGAACCAAGAUCGUCCUAGAGCAGGAUGGACUUACCUUUGAGCUUGGACUUGACAUCUCUUUCGCACCUCUCACGUACUAUCGUCUCGCAAUCGUCUCGCUGUCGCCGUUAUCUCUGCUCUUCAUUCCGUCCAGUCUCGCUGCGAUU